AUGCUCCGUCGUCUUGCUACCAAGUGCUUCCAGCGGAAUGUGCAGUGUCGCGGGUUCGCUGCUACUUCGCCGGUUUUGAAUAUGGACUACCAGAUGUACCGUACGGCGACUGUCCGUGAUCCUGCGCCGCAGUUUUCUGGUAAAGCUGUGGUGGACGGUGCAAUUAAGGAAAUCAACAGCAACGACUACAAGGGCAAGUACAUUGUACUCUUCUUCUAUCCAAUGGACUUCACCUUUGUUUGCCCGACAGAGAUCAUUGCCUUCUCGGACCGCUACUUGGAGUUUGAGAAGCUGAACACGCAGGUCAUUGCCGUUUCGUGCGACUCUGAGUAUUCUCACCUGGCGUGGGUAAACACACCACGCAAGAAGGGUGGUCUCGGUGAAAUGAAGAUCCCGGUACUGGCGGACAAGUCGAUGGAGAUUGCGCGUGACUACGGUGUUCUGAUCGAAUCUGCUGGCAUUGCUCUUCGAGGACUCUUUGUGAUCGACAAGAAGGGCACCCUGCGUCACUCUACGAUAAACGACCUUCCAGUAGGUCGAAACGUGGACGAGGUGCUGCGCGUGGUGGAGGCUUUCCAGUACGCGGACGAAAACGGUGACGCGAUUCCAUGCGGAUGGACUCCUGGAAAGCCCACACUGGACACCAAAAAGGCUGGCGAAUUUUUUGAGAAGAAUAUGUGA